AUGUCCACCGAAUACUCUGCUCUACAAAAACUGGGUACAUGGUCACUUGUACCGGCACCUCUCAACAAACCGGUGUUAGGCAGCAAGUGGAUGUUCAAAACAAAGUAUCUUCCCAACGGUAAAAUUGCAAGUUACAAGGCACGUCUAGUAGCUCUGGGUUGCUCGCAAGAAUUCGGGAUAAAAUUUACUGAAACAUUCAGUCCGGUGGCGACAAUGGUCACCAUUCGAAUGCUUCUCACGAUUGCCCUGCACCACAAUUGGCCGGUCACUCAGCUGGACAUCUCCAACGCCUUUUAUCCACGUUUCAUCUUCAGCAAAGCUGAUCCCUCUCUCCUCCUGUACGCCAAAGCGGAAGACCAGGUCUUCGUCCUCAUAUAUGUCGACGACAUUCUCAUAACCGGCAAUAACAAAUCUCAAAUUCAGCUCACUCUACAACAUCUUCAGUCCGCAUUCCGGUUAAAGAAGCUCGGCAACGUCUCGUUAUUCCUUGGAAUUCAGGUGACUCAAACCACUUAUGGAUAUUUUCUAAAUCAAACACACUACGCAAAUGAACUUCUUUCUCACUCAGGUUUCUCCGACUGCAAACCAUCCACCACACCGGCGCUCACCAAGCCGUCCAAGCUUCAAGACGAGACGCUCUUCUCGGAUCCCCAGCUAUUCCGGAAGUUAGCUGGAUCACUCCAAUAUUUGUCUAUCACUAGACCGGAUAUCGCAUUCGCCGUCAACUCAAUAUGCCAGUUCAUGCACCCACCAAGAAAUUGCGACUACCUCGCUCUUAAACGUCUACUCCGCUAUAUAAAGGGUACAGCUAAUUUCGGGUUGCCGAUAACCAGAGGAUCCCUUUGCCUUCGAAGAUACUCCGACGCAGAUUGGGCGGCUGAUCCAAUCGAACGGAAGUCUAUGUCCGGGUAUUGCACUUUCCUCGGUCCUAAUCUUAUUUCUUGGUCUGUCAAGAAACAAACGACGGCAGCCCGCUCAUCCACAGAAGUCGAGUACCGCUCUCUCUCCUCAGCGAUCUCGGAAGUCCUCUGGAUUCGACGACUUGCCGCCGAACUGCUCAUACCGCAACCUCAGACAACCGUACUUCAUUGUGACAACACUUCUGCAAUCGCACUUGCAAAUAAUAUUGUUCUACAUGCUCGAACCAAACAUAUAGAAAUAGACCAUCACUUCAUUCGGGAUCAUAUCAAGCAUGGCAACAUCGACAUAGCUCACAUUAGCUCGACCGAUCAAAUUGCAGACAUUAUGACCAAAUCUCUUCCUAGCAGUUGCUUUACUUUUCUAAGAUCCAAACUAACCAUUCGUUCCCCGAAUGGUUAA